GUUCCUUAAUAGAAGUCUUGUGGCUUUCUCAGGUUUCUAAUCUAAUGCGUCAUAAAAGGGGAGGAGAAUGAUUCACGGAGAAAACGAAAUGCUUCAUGUUUGGGCGUAGUGUUUAAACGCUACAAGUCUUUUUUUUUCCCGCAAAAGUGUAAAGCGAAAGUGAAGGAAAUCAUUUGAAACUCGUUUCUUUCCACAUAUCCAAAUAAUCCCUGCGGCAACCAGAACCACUUUGAGGAGAUUUUGUUCCCUGAGGCUUGUUUGAGGAGUGUCAAACCAAGAGCUGAGAUCGUUUGUAUUGAACACACCACAACUUCCCUACAUUUUCUUCGCCCACAUAGUGAUCUUGGUGCUUCUAUACAGACGUUGGCUCUGAAAAUCACAGAUCUGUCUUCAACAUGUCUGGACCAGGCUACCCAUCUCCACACCAGCCUCCGUAUCCCAUGCCCCAGCCUGGCGGACACUCCAUGGCCCCCUAUCCAGCGGGAGGUUAUGGAGAUCCUGGAUAUUCGGCUCCACCUGCAGGGUUUCAAGUAGGAUACCAGCCAGUUCCAGAUCAGCCAGUCAUGUAUCAGCCUGGUCCAGUUAGUCCAGCAUCUCACCAAGGCCAGCCGUAUGGAGCACCUGUAGCUGUACCAGGGUCAGUGCCUGCUGGAGUACCAGUAUCAGUGCCUGCUGGAGUACCACCUGGUCUGGAGUACCUCACUCAGAUUGACCAGAUCCUUAUUCAUCAGAAAGUGGAGUUGUUAGAGGCAAUCAUUGGCUUUGAGACCAACAACCAGUAUGAGAUCAAAAACAGCCUCGGUCAAAAGAUCUACUCUGCCAAAGAAAAAAAUGACUGCUGCACACGCAACUGCUGUGGUGCCCUGCGCAGCUUUGACAUGAAGAUCAAAGACAACGCUGACCGAGAGGUCAUACGACUGAUCCGACCUUUCCGUUGUGUCUCCUGUUGGUGCCCCUGCUGCCUGCAAGAGAUGGAGGUACAGGCCCCCCCAGGAACAACCGUAGGGUAUGUGAAGCAGGACUGGCACCCCUGUUAUCCAAAAUUCUCCAUCCAGGGGCCCAACAAGGAGACUGUGAUGAAGCUGGAGGGACCCUGCUUGGCAUGUAACUGCUGUGGUGACGUGAACUUCGAGCUCAAAGGCAAAGACGGUAGCGGGAAGCCUAUUGGUCGAAUCAGUAAGCAGUGGAGCGGCCUGUUAAAGGAAGUCUUCACUGACACUGACAACUUUGGCAUUCAGUUCCCUCUGGACAUGGAUGUUAAGAUGAAGGCUGUACUUUUGGGCGCUUGCUUCCUUAUUGAUUUCAUGUUCUUUGAAAAAGUUGGAGACAUGAACCAGCGCAAUACUGUGUUCUCUUAGAGUUCCUGAUAAUUUUCUCAUAAAGUAACAUAUUUUCAGCUGUCAGUUAUCAAAUUUUCAAGCCUUUUUUGUACUGAUGAAAUUUCCACACUCAGUGGAUGGACUCUGAGUCUGGACUUCCUUUAUUUCCUGUUAUGUUAGGUAACCAAAGCUUAUAGACAGCUGCCACUGCAGUGAACCCGAGGGACAUAUUCAGGGUCAUUUCAAAGUGUUCACAUGACCAGCAAUAUGUACAAUGACAGCCGAGGAAUCAUGAGUUACUGUUCACUGGUGCCUUUUAAACAGUUAUUGCCUAGAAUUACAAACUACUGUUACAGUACAAGCAGCUAACAUUUGUAUGUUUUUGUUAACUAACUUUUUUUUAUUAUAAAUAAACCUUAUGCAUGUUAUUUUAGACUUAUCUCAUACAUAAAGUAUAUUUUUAUGUCUUUUUUUAAAAAAAGGAAAUUUAAUUUACUGAAUUUCAAAGCAUUUUCAUCAAAAUGUACAUGAAUAUUCCUACAGCCAAAUAAUGCAUCAUGAAGGGGGCGGCACAACUAGCAAGUUAUUGACUUGAGGAAAAAACAAGCAAGUAGUUGCAUGGUUUUCUGUGUGGACAGUUAUUGACUAGUAGGUUUUUUUUUUUUUUUUUUCUCAGUGCGUUAAGAAAUAGUGUCCUACAGGUGGCGCUCUGUAGCUUGGAAAAGCCAGCUACCCAUUGAAAUACAAUGGAAAAUUUAUUCAAAAAGCUUUUAUGUUAUCUGUCAUUACAUACCACAUGGAGAUGUUUUUGUUGUAGUUGGCUAUAUAGAGACUGGCCUUAUAUCAAUAUAGGUAUAUAUAUUAAAUUUAUAUAACAAUAUAAAAAUAGGCAGACUGGGGAGUGUUUAACAUCUGUGUUUUGGUCACUGUGUAUCUUGGAGGUUUGUUCACACCAUGUUGUAAUGACCAUACCAUUAAGAGGUUUCAGCUUGUGAAAAGAAAUUCACUUCCUCGCAGAGCUCGUAAUUACAGCUUGUAAGAUUGGAAUUUUCUGAGAGCUCCGACUUGUACAAGUGACCGCUGUACCACCUGACCACUACAGGUUCAUUUAGGCGUUGAUAGUGUUGCCAUAGAAACACUGCAAAUUAAAGUUGUUCCCUAAAGUAAGUGCCACUAACAGGGUGAAUUGUAACAAAAAUAGUAAGACAUCAGUUUAUAUUUUGAACACAAAUAAUUGGUUAAACUGACAGUGUGAGAGUGUUACGAAACUUCCCGGUCUACCCAUGCCUAACACACAUUAUAUAUACAUAUACACACAUAUGUCUUCUUGUCUGUGUGUUUGUAUUUAUUUCUAUAAUAUGCAAUAUAAUGUGUAACGUUAUACAUAAUAAACAUAUAAUAUUG